UAUAAAACAGAUCAUCCGUGUUAUAACAACUACCAUUGCUUCGCCACGCAAGGAUAAACAAGCAUAAGUUACAUUCAGUAAUAAAAAAUACUGUAAUAAUUCAUUCAUAUCCACCAAGUACAGAUUCCGUAAGAUGUACGGAUUCGUGCUGGAAAGUAUUGUAGAUUGUGUUCAUGAGCAAUGGGGGGAAGAGGUAUGGAUGGAACUUGUGGGAGAGAUGGGAUUCGAUACUGUGGGAUUCUCCAUUCACACGGUAUACGAGGAAAGCAUGAUUCCGCUGAUUGCCCAGACACUCUCCAAGAUGCUUCAAAUAACUGAAGAUGACAUCAUGUUUCAGUUUGGGGGACAUUUCAUGACGUUCGUAUCAAGUUAUGGUUACGACCAAAUUACGAAAGUUCUCGGAAGAAGAAUCUGCGACUUUAUUAACAGUUUGGACAACUUGCAUGAUUACAUCAGCAACUUGUAUAAAGACAUCAAACCUCCGAGUUUCUACGUAGAGACGGAGGACGAUAAGGGUUUGACCUUCCACUACAACACACCAAGGAAAUACUUUGGUUAUAUUCAUUAUGUAAGAGGGUUGGUGCACACGGCUGCUAUAAUGCAUUACAAUCUGCAUGAUUCUGUUGUCGAAGUUGUAAAACAAGAAAUGUUGGGAGAAGUAAUGCAUGGAAUAAUAAGAAUCAAAUUUCAAAACGGGUCAGUUGGUAAACAAGGUGCGUGGAUGCCAGCUUUGGCCAAACUACGAUCGGUCACCCCGGUCAGCGUGAACAGCGAUGUAGUUCUCAACUCAUUCCCAUUCUCAAUUAUAUUUGGCGAGAAUAUGGAAGUAAUUACUUGCGGAGCAGGAGUUGUUAAAACAUUCCCAACUUUGGUUGGAAAGAAAGUGACGGAUUUCUUUGUGUUAACCAAGCCGAUUGGGAUGCCGCUGUCUUGGACGUUUAUGAAAAACCGACCGGUGAAUGUCUUGGUGGAAAUGACGUCAACUGUUGCAUUAUGGGCGGAAUAUGAAGAAUAUCUGCGAUCUCAAGGUAGGCGGGAAACUUCGGACAACACUGUACAUCCAACCGAUGUGCAAAUAUUGGGGCCAGAGCAUCCACCACCGCACAAGCAAAGAGACGAUUCAAUCUCGCUCAAACUUAGAGGAACGUCUGCAUUUCUUGAAAGCUGGAACGCGGUUAUUUUUAUGUGCACACCUGUGUUUGACAACAUGGACGUUAUGAAAGAUGUAGGCCUUUAUAUCAGCGACCUCAGUUUUCAAGACUCGCUUCAGAUGUUGCUGAUGGCUGGACCUCAACAAUCUGCCGAACUCAAGAUAGCCUUAAAUAUGGAACAAGGGAAGACGGCAAAGAUGGAAGAAACGUUGGAGGAAUUGGAAAAAGAGAACAGGAAGACGGAUGCUCUUCUUUUUUCGAUGAUCCCACGGGAGAUUGCAGAGCGUUUGAAGAAAGGAGAAGGAGCAGUUAAUCUUGCGGAGAUGUUUCCCGACGUUACCGUGUUAUUCAGUGAUAUAGUAGGUUUUACAAACAUUUGUACACGUAUUACACCGAUGGAGGUUGUCUGUAUUCUCAACACAAUAUAUACCGUGUUUGAUGUUCUCAGUGAACGCUACGCUGUGUUUAAAGUUGAAACGAUCGGUGAUGGAUAUAUGGCUGUCUCUGGCGCCCCUGUGCGGACAAAAGAACACGCCCAGCGAAUCAGCGACAUGGCGCUAGAGAUGCAAGCUGGUAUACGACACGUGAAAAACCCAGCGGAUGGUGAAUUAAUUAGAAUCAGAAUCGGUAUUCACUCCGGUGGUGUAGUGGCUGGAGUUGUUGGUCGGAAGAUGAUCAGAUAUUGUUUGUUUGGUGAUACUGUGAACACAGCAUCACGUAUGGAGAGCACGGGUAAAGGGGGAGAAAUACACAUCAGUACAACUGUACGUGAUCAACUUGUACAAACGGAGGAAUAUCUUAUAAAAGAUAGAGGGAUCAUGUAUGUUAAGGGCAAGGGUCAAAUGAGAACUUAUUGGUUGAACGGGAAGAAGGGAAAAUAUAUUUCAAUUGCAAACACAGUUUCAAAUACUGAAAGUCAGCCGAAACAUGACAAGAGCGUUCAAAUGCGUCAAGCUUUGAAAAGUUUAAAGAACUACAGAAUGAAGAAUACCAAUAGACGCAAUGCCGCGAAACAACGAACACAAUCUGACGUUACGAAACCAAACAACGAUUUUGCUGGCGAAUCUCAAGGUGGGGAACACGAAGAAAGAGACGCGAAUGAUGAAACCAACGGCGAGAGAGAAGAAGCACUUCAAUCACUAGGAGGCAAACAAAACUCGACGUUCGAUUUAAGACAAUGUGACGUGAAUGGCAAAAGUAAAAACACCAAUGAAAACGCUCGGGAUAGCUCGUACGAGGAAACAAAGUCCGACGACGACAGUAAAAAUAGAGAAGGGGGCUUAAGUGUACAGAAAAGAUCACGAAAGAAUCGUUCAAAGAUUGGCCAUGAACCUCCAGGAGGAAGCGACUCCAAGGGAAAACGGAAGAUCUGUACUAUUAGGAAGCUCGUUGGAGGAGCAAGCAAUAUAAAGCAGAAGGGAUCUAGUAUCUGUAUAGUGCUGUGAGAUGAUGCAAUAAUUAAUAUAUGAACUGAUCGGUGCUUGUGUUUGUAAGUGUGAUUUCACCAAUGUUGAUUUUGUAUAGAUAUAUAUAUAACUUCAUUAAAAGUACAUGUGUUUGUAUUGGCGACCAUUGACCAUAUUUGCGUUUCCUUACUCGGAAGAAACGCAUGUAAUGAACAUGGUGGUUUAACAUGACGUAUGUUUGUACAA